AUGCCCAAAUGGAAUGUAGAAAAGUUGAUAACUUUAGUACAAGAAAGGCCCGAGCUAUGGGACACUCGCUCCUCCGCCUAUCAGGACCGCGUACGGAAGGAGAUCUCAUGGGAGAAAGUGGCCCGUCGCCUCAAGCCACGCGAGUGGGAGAAAGAGGAUAACAGAGGUCGUGCAGAUCUAGGUACGUGCAAGCAAUGUCGCAAAGAGUUUAUUCAACUUUGGAUGCUUGUUUUGACAGUGAAAAAUGUAAAGGUCCGCUGGAACAGCUGUAGGGACCAGUUCCGGAGGGAGCUAAACGAAAAGGGCCGCAGCGGAGAAGGGACGUCGCGCAAAAGGCCCUACAUCUAUACUCAGCAGCUGAGCUUCCUUCGUCCGGUGAUGGAGUUGAGGCCAACUGUGGACAAUCUGGAGGACAGUGACGAAUCAGAGGAGGGCGGUGAAGAAACCCCUGCUGUAUUUUCCCCGGAUUCAAGCCCCCAACAUUCCCCAGUGUUGGAAACCACUGAACCACCCAUGGGAACCAGUGGUGGGGAACCUGAAAGGCCUGAAACAAGACCACAGCCCAGGAGGAGGAGGAGGAAUGCCCCUCAGUCGUCCUCUGAGCUAGCGAAUCGGGAAAUGAUAGAUGCCCGAGUCAUCCAGUUCCUAGCUCAGAGGAGGACUGAUGGGCAUGAAGAAACUAUGCUUAGGGGGCUUGCGCCAAUGUUGAAGCUCGUUCCCCAAGCGAGCCAGCAACAAUGCAUGGCCUCUCUUUUGUUGGUCCUUAAAAUGUUCUCCCUGCCAUACCAGGGAGACAUUUUAGGGGAUAUCAAUAAUUUAUUGAAGAAAUACAUGGUGGCUACGAAUCAGCAGCCACCAACUUUUCAGCAGGCACCGCAUCCUUUCCAUGGACAGCAAUCUGGGGGUCCCACUUUCCAGGGCUCCCAAGAGCAGAACCCUACCCUUGCCCAGUCCUUUAAUGUGGGCAUGUUUGCUGCUGCUCCCCCUCAACCAGCCCAGGUGCGUCCGGCGUCGUCGUACGCCCCUGGCUCGUUUUCCCGAGACUUAUUUGAAUUGUAAAUUUUAGUUUAUUUGGUUUGUGUGCUGCUAUUGCUUGCAUUAUUAAGUGACAAAAUUACUCUUUUUGAAAUCAAAAAAAA